UCCAGGGCGAAGCGCAUGACGCACAUUUUACCGCUUCACGUGACGAUUAUAAUGAUCACAUGUACAUUUAGAUCACGUGAAAGGGUGUACUUUGGCAGAGAGUUGACAGAUAGAAAGAGUGGAAAACCCGUUAAAAACAUUCUCCGCGACGAUGGAAGAUCUAUUUAAACACAUUGAUGGCAAUGUAGAGAAGUAUAUCAAGCGUCUUGCGGAAACAGUUGCCAUCAAAAGUGUGUCAGCAUGGCCCGAAACUCGUCCAGAAAUCAAGCGAAUGAUGGAAUGGACAAAACAGGAAAUGGAAAAGCUUGGAGCUACCUGUGAGCUGGAAGAUAUAGGUGAACAGACCCUUCCUGAUGGCUCCAAACUCCCUCUGCCCCCAAUACUGCUGGGGUCUUUGGGAAGUGACCCAAACAAGAAAACCCUGCUCAUAUAUGGCCAUCUGGAUGUACAGCCUGCUGAAAAGGGGGAUGGCUGGGACACAGAACCCUUUGUGUUGACAGAGAAGGAUGGCAAACUGUUUGGUAGAGGUUCCACAGAUGACAAGGGGCCUGUUCUGGCAUGGCUCAACUGUCUAGAGGCCAUGAAAGAGCUUGGACAAGAAGUUUCCAUCAACCUGAAGUUCAUAUUCGAGGGUAUGGAGGAGAGUGGGUCAGAAGGUUUGGAUGAUUUGGUCUUCGCAAAGAAAGAUACCUUCCUCAAGGGUGUUGACUUUGUUUGCAUCUCUGACAACUACUGGCUUGGGAAGAAGAAACCGUGCAUCACUUAUGGACUGAGAGGUAUCUGCUACUUCUUUGUGGAAGUUUCUUGUGCUGAGAAGGAUCUUCACAGUGGAAUCUAUGGCGGAUCUGUGCAUGAAGCCAUGGGGGAUCUUAUCCACAUCAUGGGGUCUCUUGUGGAUGUGAAUGGUAAAAUCCUGAUCCCAGGGAUUACUGACACUGUCGCACCACUUACAGAAGAGGAGACCCUUGCUUAUGGACCAAUUGACUUUGAUAUGGAGGUGUUCAGGACUGAUAUCGGCGCACACAAACUGGUCCAUGACAAGAAGGAGCAUGUCCUCAUGUCGCGCUGGCGAUACCCUUCCCUCUCUCUCCAUGGGAUUGAGGGUGCAUUCAGUGGAGCGGGCGCCAAGACGGUCAUCCCAAGGAAGGUGAUUGGGAAGUUCUCCAUUCGUCUUGUACCUGACAUGGACCCAGCUGAGGUGGAGAAACAAGUCAGAACACAUGUUGAGAAGGUCCAUAAGAACCGAGGCAGUCCAAAUAUCAUGAGUGUGUCCAUGGGUCAUGGUGCAAAGGCAUGGGUGAGUGACUUUAACCAUGAUAACUACUUGGCCGGUAGGAAAGCAGUGAAAACAGUGUUUGGCAUUGAGCCUGACUUGACCCGUGAGGGUGGAAGUAUCCCUGUGACCUUGACCUUUCAAGAGGCGACGGGAAAGAAUGUGAUGCUGUUACCCAUUGGUGCCUGUGAUGAUGGGGCACACUCCCAAAACGAGAAGAUAGACAAGUCCAACUACAUUAACGGGAUAAAACUGUUAGGUGCCUACAUGGAUGAGCUUGGAAAGACCGCCUGAACAGCUGUCUAUAUUGGACCUGUGGAGUGAACCGACGUAUUAUGUCAAUUAAAUUAUAUGUCUCAUGAUAUUGUAUUAAUCAGAAGAGAAACAUUGCGCAAGAGAUUAGUUAUCAAAGAAAAUCUGUGUUGCUAGAUGCAAGAACUAAGAUACAUAUGUAUUUAUAAAAAAUGAAUGUUUCUUUUUGCUUUAUGAUGAUUUAAAUAUAUAUAUAUAUAUAUAUAUUGAUUGAUUAUGGUGCGUUUUUUAAAAUAAAUAACUUAAAAAGUUA